ACAGCGCUGGUCACACCAGUCCAAGAAACCAUCACAAAAACAUGAAUUCUUAUUAGCAAGCAAAACCAAGUGAAAACAUACAUUAUUCUACCGCGGCAUCCAAAAACGAGUUCCAAUUCGCGGCGUAAGAUGUUUGAUGGUGCCAAUAGCGCCUAGCGGAGAUCGGAGCUCGAGCAGCAUGUGAGAACGGCCUGCAGCGAAUCGUGCAAUUGCGUCGUGUUACAAAACUUGGUCAAAUCCCCACCAACAAUUUGCGCGUCAUGGCCAGUGCAGCGGAUGACUCGGCAUCCGGGGGGCAGGACGAUCGAGAGCGGUUCGCCAUCUACCACGAGGGCCAAACGCUGCAGCUGCACUGGCGCGGAUUGCCUCCUCUGCAGCGGGCUCCCGCAUCGCGGAUUUGCAGCAUUGGCGAGGGCCUGCUCCUCCUGACCACCGACCACUCCCUCUACUCCGCCCAGCUGCAGGCCAACCGCGAGCACCUGGACAUACAACUUUUGCGCACCGAUGUGGUGGACAUGGACUUCUGCUCCGGCAGCCAAGAACUCUUCGUGGUCCUGAACAACGGCUCUGUGCAGCGCCAGGCCACGGGAUCUGGUCGUGAUGUAGGUCACCCACAUGCAUGGCAAACCCUCGGCUUCGAUCCGCUGGAACUGCUCGCUGAGGGCGUUCGCAUCCGGCGGGUUUGCUGCUCCGCCGAGGGCGUGGUCUUCGUCGGCUAUGCAGGGGAAACGUAUGUUAUGGGCAGCUGUGGAGAGGUCUUUAAGUCGGAGCAACAGCCCCGCCACAUGCGACUCUACGAAGAGGGCAAGGAACUGCUGGACCUGGCAGCCGGAAACGAACACUUUGUCAUGCUGGUUGCGCCCUACAACCUGGCUGACGAUGUGCUUCAGCUUUCUGUGGCCAGUGGAAAAGAAGAGCUUGAGGACGAACGGGCUUCUGUGAAAUCCCUUAGCAGCGACAAUUCAGAACGCAGCUUUGCUGCCAAUACGAGGCACCUGCUUCAUCAAGGCUACGCUCUGCUCCACACCCAACUCUUCACUUUUGGGUCCUCCAACAAUGGGCUUCUUGGCACAGGGGAUCACAUCCGAAGAGCCAAUGUCAUGCGUCUGCAAAAACUGGACAGCAUGGGCGUUUGUAGCAUUGCAGCCGGAUUAGAGCACACGGUGGCCCGCACCCUAGACGGAAGGCUCUACCACUGGGGCCUAAACAGUCACUCCCAGUUGGGCGAGGAUGUGAGCUCUCCCAUGGAGAUCACCAUAACGGAUAACUCAGCGGCAUUACCCAUGGAACAGAACUCUGCGCUAGAGGCGACAUGCGGCGACUACCACACGCUGCUGCUCAAUGCCUCUGGACAAAUACAAUCCCUCCAGCCACCGCCUCCAAUGCGACACCUGCAGCAAUCCAGCACCUAUGCCCAGACCCUCCUCCAACUCCAGUUGGGAGCUGCGUGGCCCCGGCAACUUCGACUGCUCAUGUCUUCCGGCGGUUACACGUUGCACAACCAAAGGCAGUUUCAGCGCCAGUAUCACUACUACUUAAGUCAUCUGCAGUCACAGUUGCAGUUGCUUCUCAAGCACCGUCAGGCAGUCCAAUCACUAGAGAUCUGGCAGCGGCAAUCGGAGCUGGAUGCACUUAGCGUCCUCGGUCCACUGUUGGUAAACUGGGAGAGAAUCCUGUGUCUGCUUGUGGCGACCUUGCAUUCGUUGGAGGGCUUUUACCGGGCUGAUUUCGUGCAGGCCGCCGAUCUGCUCUUCAUCUGCCACUACAAGGAAUAUAUCGACUUGUUCUCUGGUUACACGAAGGCCUAUUGCGAUGUGUACUCGGUAAAUGGAUUUGGAGAGGCUGUGGCUGCUAUUGCUGGACUUAGCAGCCCACUUCCUGAGCUCAGCGAGGAGAGCUAUGUCACACGUUUGUUUCAGCAACCAUUUAGCAUCUACCAGCUAUUUGUCCAGUUUAUGGAGCUGCUAGUGAGGUCGCAACCAGAGUACGGAGAGCACAGAGUGGCUUGGUCGGAGUUCGCGCGACAAAGCUGCAUAAGUCAGGAGCUGGCCGUGAACACCAGGGAUUUCUGGAGCAGUAACGAUCGAAACCCCAGAAUUGUUCAGUUCAGAAGGCGACAGCGAAGGGUUAUCCUCACGUCGGCUCUGGUGCCACUCAAACUAGUCACUUCUGGCAUCAGCAUAUCUAGCAACAGCUUCAUCCUGUUCUCAGACUUUCUCUGCCAGGUGGGCGGAAACUCGCUGUACUCCUAUCCUCUAACUACCCUGUGGGUGUGGACAGAAGGCGACCUGUGCCUGCGCUUGACAACGCCAGAAAAGACCUUCCUGGUGACAACGCGUUCUCAGGAAAUGCGCAAAGUGUGGCUGGAUCAGUUGCAAUCUAGCAUAGUUGCGUCCUUGGGAAGACCGCUCGGCAGUCCCGUGCCGAGUUCUCGCUCCACGGGCUAUGAGUUUAGCCGGGAGCAUCCGAAGUUCUCCCGGGUGAAGGCUUGCGGUACCUGGAGAAAGGGCGUCCUUCACGGAAACUGCUAUCUGGAGUAUCCGGACGGCAGUGUCUACUGCGGGGAACUGCAUUAUGGGGUAAUUGAAGGGUAUGGCAAGAUGGUGAUUCCAUCAUCGGGUCUAUACGUGGGCCACUUCAAGGGUGGUCGCUUCCACGGCCACGGUGUUUACGAAAUCCACAGCAAGGACACUCCAGAAAGCGAGGUGUACGAGGGAAACUUUUGCGAGGGUCUGUUCCACGGACAUGGAAUGAUGCGAAACAACCGAUACAUUUACGUGGGCGAGUACCAGGGCAACGCCCGCAGUGGAUACGGUGUGAUAGAGGACCUGGUUAGCGGGGACAAGUACAUGGGGAUGUUCGCGGACAAUAAACGAUCUGGAAUCGGCAGCUGCGUCACCAACCGCGGAGACUACUUCGAGGGCAACUUCUCCGGAGACGAUCUGAUUGGUAGUGGAGUUGCGGUCUUUGAGAACGACUAUUACUAUGAGGGCGAACUUACGCUCCACGGCCCUAACGGACGGGGCGAGUAUUACAUGCCUUGCGGAGAUGCCGGUGGAGGAAAUGGAUGUACAGCGGCCGGGGAAGGGGAUGACACGUGCGAGCUAAUCGGCAACAAGAUAUUUGGACAGCUUAGUGGCACCUGGGAGACUGUGCGCAUACAGGCGGGCGAACUGGUGCUAAAUCGGCGCUUUCCUAAGUACCCCAGCUCCCUUGGGCGCCAAGUGGUGGACCAUAAUCGCAAGUGGCGCUCGCUGUUCAACAACUUCGAAUCGGACUUGGCUAAUUGUACUGCCACUAGCGGCAGUUCCAGUGUCAAUUCAUCAGCAGGCACCCUCAGAAAAUCCUCGAAACCCACACUAAGCACGGCUCAAAUCUGGAACUGCAUAUCGGUGUACAUGAGCAAGCAGAGGGCUCGAGAAGGAGCCAAGCCUGGUAACUACUUCAACAACAUCCUACUUAGCCUGCCGCUUCCGCAGAAAACUUCUUCGCCUCUGGCAAAAGCGCGGACCACCACAAAUACACUGAGCAAACUCCAAUCGGAGGCUGCUUCGGCGCUAGACUUUCUGGGGUUCCCACCACGUCGCAUCCACUCCCAAGAGAAUCUUAAUAGCAAGCCAAGUGGAUUGCAGAGGGCGGAUAGCUUGCUCUCUAUGGGUCACAAUACAUCUCGGGACCUGGACACCAGUAGCUUGACCAGUUUUCAGUUGGACCAAAGCCUGUUAAACAGCACUUUCAAUGGCGAUGAAUCCAGCACCCUCAAUGAAAGUUUUACAAAACUAAGUCACAACAAUAAUAACAGCAUAUCGAAGCACAUGAACAGUAGUGACUGCUCGAUUACCUCAACAACAUCAACGACAAGUGCGAUGCUGGAACAGGUGCCCAGUUUUGGAAUGGGCUCGGUGCUCACAGAGCUGGAUGUGUCCUCUAUACGUUUGUACCUGGAUCAAGCUUUCAAGGAUCGGCAUCAUCCGCUCUAUGCCUUGAACGACCGCAUCGCGAACUGUUUCCACUACUCCUAUGGCUAUUGGAAGGUUAAACCCACGCCGAUCUUGGCUAAGCAGGCCAUGAGAGAGUGGGAGUCCAUAUCGCGUCGCAUUUACCGAUUUGUGCGCAAGAUGUUUCCAGCUCUGCCCGAGGAGUAUUGCCACAUGGAGGGCAGCAGAGAGGUUAUUUCGCAUAUAACCCUGCUGUACCCACUUGUUCUGUCGGAGGGCAUCUACUCCACCCUGUUUGUGCUGUACGCUAAUAAGUACAGCCGGAAAGAUGAAAUGUAUCGGCAGAAUCUGAAUCUUGCCGAGAAACUUAAGGACCAAGAGCUAGUUGAACUCAUGGGCCACGAGAGUUUCCUCCACAAUGUAAUGCUGGACCCCAAAUUUGAGGAUUCCGUUCAGACGUUAAAGGAACUUUCGGAGAAGUUUAGUCCCCAGGACAUGUUGACUGUGAUACAGCGCAGCACGCAGCUGCUUACCGAGGCCUACGAGCACGCAAUGGCUGCCAACGCCGCCCAGCUCAAUGCGGACAACAUGAUUCCGCUCACCAUGCUCACUAUGCUGCGCGCUGCGGUUCCACACUUGGGUGCAGAGUUGGCUCUGCUGGACGACCUGACCGGUGGUCCCAAUUUCCAGGCUGAGAUGAAUGGAAUGGCGGGCUACUGCUACACCACAUUGAAAGCUGCCUAUGAGCACGUAACUUCAAGGGCUCUGCAAAAGAAUCCCUGAGCGUUCUUAGCCCAAAGGCGGCACUUGUUAUAUUGUUUUCCUCAUUGUUAGCUCGAUCGAUCGAAAUUCCCCCUAUCAGAUUUUUAAGGCUAGGUAAUCGUUUAAUUCCGAAAAGAGAGAAUAUUAAACCUUUUGGGGCACUUUGAAACUUGUGCCAAUUUGCGACGCAAGAGUAGAUUCCCCGUACAUACUUUUGAAGACAAAUUCCCUCAUUGAAUUACGGGUAUCAAUUCUGUACAGAAGCUAAUGGUUAGAUCAGUGUAGAAAAUGUGUAACUAUAUAUUUAUGUAUGUAUCUGUUUUGUAUAUUCUAGGCCAACGCAUUAACAUUCCAAUUACUCACCAAACCAAAUAAAUAAUCUAUACUCUUA